AUGGACGACUCGGUCCCCUUUCCACCCGACGUCAAUAGAGGCAGCGAGAUCCUCGUGGUGUGCGGAACUCUGGUUGGCCUUUCUGUGGCCGUUGUUAUCUUGAGAAUAUGGGUGAGGGCGAAGAUGGUUCGGCUUGUCGGCCUUGACGACUACUUCAUGAUCGCAGCUACGGUCACUAUCUUCGCAGAAAUGAUGGUCAUCAUUCCCGAGGUCCAGUAUGGCGCAGGUCGACACAUUCAAUACAUCGAACCGAAGAGCAACAUCGUCACAGGCCUGCAUCUCAAUUUCGUCACGCAGCCUUUGUGCCUCAUUGCGCUGUGUUUGGCCAAAGUUAGUGUAGGCAUGUUUCUUCUGCGAAUAACGCCAUCUGGAAAGUUUCGACACGUCAUAUGGGGCAUUAUCAUUUUUACGGUAUUUUCGGCAGUUGGUAACUUCUCAUUCACUUGGGAUUUCUCUAUUGAAGGAGGAAAGUGCAUUCCUCAAGCAGAUCUUAAGUUCGCCGCCUUCUUCAACUCGAGCGUAUCUGUCUUGACCGAUCUUCUUUUCGCUCUCUUGCCGGUACCAAUCAUGUGGAAGGUGCAACUAAAUUGGAAAGUCAAGUCCGCCGUCAUCGGAGUGCUUUCUCUCGGGAUCUUGACAACCGUCGAAAUAUGCACAGCAAUCAUUGCAGCCUCGAUACCUUGCCUCAAGCCGCUAUUCAAGGCCAUACUCUCUGGGUCAUCAGUCGAACAAUACAACUCGUCAAAGUACAAUAACGAUGGGUACAUGCGGAACAAGAAUGCAAGCAAGUCAAGGAGGGCGCGCACUCCGGAAGGAAACUUUGAGAUGUUUAGCCAGUCUCGACAUACAGCGGCGAUCCGCUCAGGCUUUGGAUCCAAGAUGGGCUCGCAGGAAAGCAUUAUUCCUGACCAUGGUAGUGGUGGCGAAGGCAUCACAAAGACGAUGCAGGUGUCUGUCUUUGUAGACGAACGGCAGAAGAGCCCCAAAGAUCUUGUAUAG